AUGUGGGAAUUAUAUUCAAAUAAAGAUAGAUAAAUAGUGUAUAUAAAGAAGAAUCAGAAAUGGAAUAGCAAUGAAUAGAAAUAGCAAGAAAACUAGACCAAAUACUUGAUUUGGUAGGAGAAGUGA